GGGCGGGGUUAAAUCGUGACGGACGUUUUCAGCUUCCAAUAGGAAACGCGAAUAGCCUUGACAACAAGAUGCACGUGACAUGACGUCAUUAGCGUGCGCCGGAAGGGAAGCUGUGUCUGUCGGGAAGCGGAGGCUUCAUACAGUGGAGGUGGAGAUGACGAGUCUGAGGAUCCCGGUGAUUGACGUUCAUAGUGACAACUUCACAGAUCUCUGGCCGUCCAUGUUGCUGGCACUGAAGACGUCUACGUUCGUCGCCGUGGAUACUGAGCUGAGCGGUCUGGGAUCCAGGAAGAGUUUACUAGACCAAUGUGUGGAGGAACGUUAUAAAGCCAUAUGCCACGCUGCACGGACACGCUCCAUACUGUCCCUGGGGAUCGCCUGCUUCAAAGCUAUCCCUGAAAAGGGGGAGGACGCGUAUCUGUGCCAGAUCUUUAACCUGACCCUGCUGUGCACCGAGGACUACACCGUAGAGCCCCAGUCCGUCCAGUUCCUCGUCCACCACGGCUUCGACUUCAACAAACAAUAUUCCCAGGGGAUCCCGUACUACAAGGGCAACGACAAGGGUGACGAGCGGCGCCUCCAGAGCGUGCGCACCCUUUUUCUCGAGCUCCUCCAGGCCCGGAAGCCGCUGGUCCUGCACAACGGCCUCAUCGACCUCGCUUUCCUCUACCAAUGCUUCUACGCGCAUCUCCCUGACAAGAUGGCGAACUUCGUCGCCGACCUGUCCGAAAUGUUCCCCGCCGGAAUCUACGACACGAAGUACGCCUCCGAGUUCGAGAUCCGCUUCAUGGCCUCUUAUCUGGAGUACGUCUACAAGAAAUGUAAACGUGAGAACGGUAAAAUGAUGGACUCCAGCAGCCGCCACCUGAUCACGGAGUUCUGCAAAUAUCCCGCCGCCGUGACUUACGUGGAUUAUCGCCUGUGCUCCCUUCCGAAUCCCGGAGCUGUAGACUCCGCCUCCGACGCUCCGCGAAUCUGCGAAAGGUUUUCUGCUUACGGGUGGUGCCCCAAUGGGGUGAAGUGCCCGGAGUCCCAUGAUAUCGACCUGAUAAUUGAGGAGGAUGAAAAAUGCAAAGGAGAGAAGAAGAGGAAGAGACGGAAGAGAAAGAAAGGGGCUUCAAUGGAGACGGAUCUGGAGCCCCCCUGUAAGCAGAAGUCUGGGCUCCCCUUUAAUAGUGACACGACAGAGACCGAGGCGUCAGAAUCCACCAAUAACAUGGACCGUCCAGAGGAUGAAGAUGGAACCAAGAACGUCCCGGAGUCUGCGCCCUCGGAGGAGUCCAGGCAGCCAGGAGACCCGGGGGAGGCCGCAACACCCCCGAAAGAGGAGGCACGAUUAAAGGACUCCUCCGACCACCGAUCCUCAUCAUCCGCCGAGGGGGGGACCCACAGGGCCGGGUUUGAUGCCUUCAUGACGGGUUACAUUAUGGCCUACGUGAUGAUGAUGAAGAAGGAGAAGAGUUCGGCCUCCGGCUGCCUCCCGGACUGUCUCAAUAAGAUCUAUCUGAGCGGGAAGAACGUUCCUCUACAGGUCGUCAAGAGCAUCUUCUCCAAAUCCACUCGCGCUCACGUCCAGAAGAUGAAGCUGAUGUCGAGCGUCGGUUCCUAAGUCAUAGAGGCUGGCGGCAGAGGACACUAAAAACCGCUGCCCCCCAAGGGUACUCUGAUCAGUGUGGAGGGCGAUCAGGAAUCUGGGAAAGCUGAGUGACAGCCCUGCAGGAACCACAGACUGUGGACUAUGACCUAAAACGUCAUUUUGUAUCAUAAAUUGUUUCCAUUUUGUCGUUCGCCGGGUUCAGUGUAAAGGAUGGAGAUCAGGGUCAGGUGGGAGGCCGGGGAAUUAAAGGGGACUUCAGAGAGAACCAAUGGGGAAAUGUCCAAAAUAUCUGCACCCCCUUUAGUCUUUGUCAAUGGGGCGAAUUAUAACAAACUAGUUCCCAUGGCAACCAAUGUAUCUGUUGUAUUUGUUCUGUUUCUAUGUUACAUUGUAACAGACAGCGCUGUAAGCAGGAGGGGGGGAGGGGGUCAUUUCAUCUCCUUUACUAGAAGAAAGAACGUUUUUAGAUACCGUGUGUUACGUUUUUCAACGAUUUCAAGACCUCUGCUGGCUGUCAGUGACUAGAAACAUUAUUUCAAAUCAGAACCCUAAAGCUACAGCCGAUACCUGCUGAUACAUUGUAACAAACCCUCUCUGGUGUGAACAGGGCUACUUAAAGGGGUACUCUGCCCAGCAACGUCUUAUCCAAAGUAUAGGGCAGUGGUCUUCAACCUGUGGACCUCCAGAUGUUGCAAAACUACAACUCCUUCAGCAGUAAGAGCGGUGCUCCAGCUGUUGCCAAAGUACAGUUCCCAGCAGGUUUCUGCUAGCAGGGCAUGCUGGAAGUUGUAGUGUUGCAGCAGCUUGAGCGCUGGAGGCUUGGACAGACUUAGACCAGUGUUUUCCAACUAGUGUGCCUCCAGCUGUUGCAAGACUACAACUCCCAGCAUGCCCGGACAGCCUUUGGUUAAAGAACACUUGUCUAAACUGUCCAAGCAUGCUGGGAGUUGUAGUUUUGCAACUGCCUGUUUGGCUAUUGCUACCUCUGUUCUCCAAUAGCAGGGUUUCCCAACCAGGGUGCCUCCAGCUGUUGCAAAAAUACAACUCCCAGCAUGCCCGGACAUUCUUCGGCCAGUGUUUCCCAAUCAAGGGCCCUCGUGCUGUUGCAAAACUACAACUCCCAGGCUGUCCGGGCAUCCUGGGAGUUGUAGUUUUGCACCAGCUGGAGGUCCGCAGGUUGAAGACCACUGGUAUAGGGGAUAAAUGUCUGAUCGCAGGGGUCCCGCCGCUGGGGACCCCCCACGAUCUCCCUGCUGCACCCGGCGUUCCUUUAGAGUGUCGGGUGCAGCGCCGGAGGCUCGUGACGUCCCAUAGAUUUGCGUUGAGGGGGCGUGACUGUGAUGUCUCGAGUAGGGAUCGACCGAUUAUCGGUAUAAGUUAUCGGCUAUCGGUCUGAAAGGUCACAGAUUAUCGGUAUCGGCCCUAAAAAAAUGGAUAUCAGUCGAUCCCUCCGCCCCGCAUCGCCAGUCAUCCGGUACGGAGUGAAGUUCGCUCUGUGCACUGGAUGUUUGGGACGCCGCAGCCGAGAUCAGACAUCUUAUGGGGAGAAGAUGUGUCGGGGCGGAGUUAACCAUGAAAGGGAACCUGUCAUCCCAUCUGAACUAUUAGGGUGGACCUGUCAAUCAAGGCUGGUGGGCGGGGAGAAACCACAGGAGACCGCCCUGAUGACUCUUUAGGGUGUUGUCCCCAUAUUACAAUGUCUCCAAUUGGUUGGGGACCAAUGUGGCUCUCAAAAGUACAACUCCCAGCAUUCCCGGAAGGGAGGCGGAGGCUUUAUACAGUGGAGGUGUUUUUUGUUUUGUUUUUUGUACACAUUAAAGCUUUAUUUGUACACUUUACACAUACACACAUGGAGCUCGGGGGCCCAGUUGCUGGGAGUUGUAGUUCUAUUCCAUUGACUUCUAUGUGAUUCUCAGGUGGAGAUGACGAGUCUGAGGAUCCCGGUGAUUGACGUUCAUAGUGACAACUUCACAGAUCUCUGGCCGUCCAUGUUGCUGGCACUGAAGACGUCUACGUUCGUCGCCGUGGAUACUGUAAGUCUGUGUCCUCCGAUCAAGACUACAACUCCCAGCAUGCCCUGAUGUCCUUCAGCAGCAUUAAGAGCGGUGCUCCAGCUGUUGCCAGCAGGUUUCUGCUAGCAGGGCAUGCUGGAUGUUGUAGUGUUGCAGCAGCUUGAGCGCUGGAGGCUUGGACAGACUUAGAUCAGUAUUUUCCAACCAGUGUGCCUCCAGCUGUUGCAAGACUACAACUCCCAGCAUGUCCGGUCAGCCUUUGGUUGUACUGGCAUUCUGGGAGUUGUAGUUUUGCAACAGGUGGAGGCACAAUGGUUGAAGAACACUUGUCUAAAUCUGUGCAAGCAUGCUGGGAGUUGUAGUUUUGCAACUGCUUGUUUAGCUAUUGUACACCCCCCCCCCCCCCCCCCCAACAGCAAUGUUUCCCAACCAGGGCGCCUCCAGCUGUUGCAAAACAAUGCCCAGCAUGUGCAGACAACCUUAGACCAGUGUUUCCCAACUAGGGUGCCUCCAGCUGUUUAGAAACUACAACUCCCAGCAUGCCCUGAGCGCCUUAGACCAGUGUUGGCUGUCCAGGCAUGCUGGGAGUUGUAG